CUUGCAGCCACGAACUGACCAACCAACGCAAUUUAUUACCAGACGAUGUGUAAAUGAUUCUGUCAGUGUGAGCAAGUAGGCCACGAUAGUUAUACCUUUUUUUCCUUCUUGUCGGUAACAAUGUUAAAGCUGAGCAAAAUGAUAGACUGAGAUCGCCGCGCGCUGUGUUUAAUAUCCAUUUUUUUUCAGUAGUACCUAGCGACUCCGGUCGCGGCGCGCUGUGCUCCUAUCAGUGGUUGGCUUUUUCCUUUGUGCAGCGAGGUCGGACCAGAGUGUAGAGGAAGGAGUUUUUGCCUUUUGAUACAAGUACCAAACAACGAACUUCCUGUCGAAGACUUCUAUCGAGACACAAUUUAGUAGACGCGCAUGAAGAAGAUAAUCAAUUAUGAGAGCUGCAGCGUAUGAUAAUGGAUGCGCGGUCGUCGGAGCGGGGGGCGAUAAUAUUGAAACUGCAAACUUUAUUUUCACCCGAAAUAAACAACUGGCGUCUGUGCAGGACAAACCCCUGUCCACUUCUUCCCCCCGCCGCUGCACAGGACCAUUUUGUGAACAGUCUGCCCGGGCCGGAACUACCACCGGCGGUGGCGGCAAAGAGCUGCUGUGCCGAGCUGCUUUGGUGCUCUAGAAGAGGACACGACGAGGAGGACCACUAGUGUAGUACCGGUAGGAGCAGUACACAUUACAGCUAGAAAUACAACUACCCGGACCAGGAACUAAGCGACCCCAGCGAGGCUGUAGUCCACGAGAAGUACUUACUACGGCUGGCAGCAGAAGUCGACGCCGGUUCCUCAAUACAGACGACCAGUCUAAGAAUAUCGGCGACACGGGUAGAGGAAAGACCGAUAGGUGUAAGCACCGAUUGGUUAAACUACAUCAAGCCCCGAAAAUUACUAAAGCGGACUACACCCGCCGAAGCGAAGCCGAUCGUCGGAUCAUAGGCCGGUGCAGACGAACGGGAGAAGUAAGUUCCGUCCGACCCUGAAGUCGUUCCAGCCUCAGUACUUCUCCCUAAAUCGGUUUUCAGUUGUUUUCCUUCUACACGACGGCACCUCGAGCUGCACCGAGAACUACUACCCAAACGACAUCAAAGAAGAGCGGACCUUUACUUUACGGACUUGAUCCAACCGUGAUACCAUGGCCUCCGUCGACUGGCAUAUCCCACAGAAAGAGACAGGGAUAGGGCAGAUUUGUAAUGCGUAGAAUGAAUCAACAGAAAGAACUCUCAAGGGGUUUUGCAUUACAAUUAUUUAUGCCCUAUGCCUGUUUUUUUCUGCUGGAUAUGGCUUCAUUUCUUCAAAGAAGAGAUCAAGAAUGACUCGCAGCGCAUACGGCUGCAAGCAGUCUCCCGGGCCCACCAAAUCGCGUACGCGAUUGGCACGCGGCGAACUGUGGACGAGCUGUAUCUUGAGCAAAAACGUCCCCACCCCAAGGUCAAGUUGGUAAAUCUGCAACACAAAUCUCCAAGUUUUGGGAGUUGUGCAUCACAAGUUUCCAGCUACAGCGUAGUGGUGGUUCGCAAGGGAAGCCGCAUGAGAAAGCCGCUUUCUCAUCCUGUUUACAGCACUACAAAUGCCAAAACACGUUUGGAAACGCGUCGCAUGGAGAUGCGCAUUGCAAAUGGUUAUGCCAUUGCGCAUUCGCAUGACAACUCUGGGGUAGGGACGUUUUUACACAGGAUAAGCUGAUUCCCUUCCUCUACGAGUCGUCGAAAAAAUAUCAAGUGCAAAAUUGCGUCCCAUACAGCAUUAUCAAAUGCAGCAAAUAUGGCGGGGUCUGGAAGGUUGUGAUAUGCAAAUCUGUGAAUUGUCAGCGCACUGCGAUACGCAGCCCAGCAUGACAAGUUAUUGAAGAUGAGCUGCUACGUGUUUCCUUUUGCUUUUCUGCAUUGCGAACUGCGUUUUGCAUGACAAACACGAGGCCCUUGUGUUGAUGCAUCAGAGAAGUAAGCGUAAUGCCAGACAAGCUUGACAAACUUGCAAUCUUCCAGACCUAGACAUAUUCGCGAAGCAUACGCAUACUGAAUAAAAUUGGGCACCGUCGAAGGAGCAUACACACUUUUACGCGUAACUGUUGACAUAGGUAGUUUUUACAUUAGCUCCACUGUGGUGUACAGGUUUUUGACAGAGACAUCAAUCGCCACACACACACACACACUUCCACAGCAACAUGCUGGCUGUGAUUUAGGAUUUUGGCAAACGAGAAAACAGUUUAGGAUUUUGGUAUUCAGUGUCGCUGGGGACGAUUUUCUUUACCACGAAAAACAAGACUACUUUAAUGACGACGAAUUUCUCUUCCGGACGGGGGAGCAGUACAUACUUCUGCUCGACUUCGUUGGCGGGAACCACCUCUGCCUCCUUAUCAACUGCAAAUAUGUCAACAUCUGGGUCUGAAGACCGGACAGCAGACAAUCUGUCAUGCUGAAGCCCGUGCAUGAGAAAGCGGCCGCUAUACAUUUGUACGGCAUGACAACUACGCAUUACAAUUAUUGUGAGCCCAAUUCUUGGGCAUUCUUUUUCCUUCGUGUUUAGCAUCACAACUGCAUGAGAAAAAAACUGGCCCACCGGGUCCACCAAAUACAGAUUUUAGAACCUCACAAAAAAUCCAGAUCCGGACAGAUUUGCAAUGCAUACUCCUGGAAGCGGUGCAAUGGCUCGCGCUGCAGGAAGAGACCGUGAUAAGAGAAAAGGCGAUUGAAGGUACAAAAGAAACUCUGAUUCGGCGUCAAUAAGUGUACUAGUUCUAGCGCUACCAAAAUUAGAUAAAUACAUCUUAUUCAUCAUCUGCAAGUGAGGCCCUUAUUCUGCGAUGACUUUUUUUUAUCAUCUACAAUGUUCGUUCUUGUGAAAAAAAAACAAAAACGGAACCAAAUCUUCGAUGCAUCUUCAGGGAUAAAGGAGAUAUGUAUACGCGGUCGCGUUAUGAACUGCAAAUAUGUCUGGGCCUGGGAGAUUGUGAGAUUUGUCAUGCUAGUCUGGCAUGACUCUAAACUCUGUAUUGCGUGCCCGCGAAGAGGUCCUCUUGUCUGUCAUGCAAAAACGCAGUUUCUCAUGCGGAGUGCGCAACUCUGAACCACGGAAAAACUUGUCAUGCUGGGGAGGGCAUUACAGUGUGCUCAAAAUUCCCUUCCUUGCAUCACAAGUUUCCAGACCCAGACAUUUUGUGCAUUUCAUACGCGUGAAUGUGCAGCAGGACGUCCUGCCAACGCUGGUGAAGUUGUCCCAGGCGGAAUGGUAUCAAAUGCAAAUAUGUCUGGGUCGUCUGGAACGUUGCAAGACUUGUCAUGCAGGUUUUCCAUGACCCACGAGGUCUGGAGUGCGAGAUCCAGCAUGACAGAUUCUCUGAGGUCUCCAUCGUGCCUUUCCUGCAUGAGAGACUCCCUCUCAACUUGGUCAAGAGCGGACAGCUUUUGGUACUCACGCAGCACAGAUUUUUGCAUCGUUCAGAUUUAGCAUGACAAGUUUUAAUUUAAUCUCCCAGACAUCCAGGGAUAUUUGCAAUGCAUAAAUGGUUCACGGCGCGCUUGAGCGUGUGCGGCCUGUUUGCCGCGGUCUACGCACGGGUGUCGGAAACGCAGAAGACCGAAUUGAGGAAGCUUUACAACAAUCUCGCGGCGGAUGAGACCCCGAUGGUGCGAAGAAGUGCGGCGCACCACCUGGCAGGUAUAAAUACUAAAGAGUUCGUUUUUAUUUACGUCGAUUCAGGAAAAGUACUGUUUCUUGCUUGUAGUAAGUUUUUUGUUUAGUAAAUGCAGUAGUGCUGUCCAUGACAAAAGUAUUGGACUUCUUCGUCGUUCGGUAUCGGUUGUACUAUGUCGAAAGCUAGAAGUAUGAACAGAGAUGAAUCAUGUAUAAACAGAAUUCGUCAAAGUUGUGGACAAGCAGAACUGCGUAUCCCCCAGAAAAAGACCGACAGGUCAUAUUUGUAAUGCAAAAAUAAAUAGACAAAAAAAUCUGUAUUGCAUGCCCUAAACAGGAUGUUAUGGCCUCGCCCAUGACAGAUUUUCCUGUGUAUUUAUUUUUGCAUUACAAAUAUGACCUGUCGGUCUUUUUCUGUGGGAUACUGCGUCGCAGACAUGAUCCCGGUCUACCGAAAUCUGGCCGCCGACGAUACCCAGGACGUCAUACGGACCUCUUGCAUCGAGACGUCCGCAAACUUUAUCAAAUGUAAAAGUGUCUGGGUCUGCAAGAUUCUGAGACUUGUCACGCACGGUUUGCAUGAGCUAUGACGUCUGUGAUGCAUGCUCUAGUAUCACAGGUUUUUUCAGGGAUUCUUGAUACCUAUUCCGCAUGACAAAUGCCCUCCCCGCGUAGCAAAAAUUAGAUUCCUUUUGCUGCUCAUGCAACACAAAUUUUUUAGACAUCCAAAUGCAGCAUCACAAGUUGCAUUCUUCCAGACCCAGACAUUUUUACAGUUGAUAAACUUGGUGCAGCUGCAAUUCAAGGGCGAUCCAGAGGGAAGCAAGCAGCACAUCCUGCCCAUCAUCACCGCUGCCUUGGUAUCCCACAGAAAAAGCAGGCAGGGCAUAUUGGUAAUGCAAAGAUAAAUACGGAAAAAAAUCUGCAUUGCAUAUCUGAAAUAGCAUGCUAUGGGCCCCCCCAUGGCAAAUUUUUCUGUGUUGUAUUCAUUUUUGCAUUACAAAUGUGCCCUGUCAGCUUUUUUCUCUCGGAUACUUGGAAGACAGGUCAUGGCGCGUCCGACUCAAAGUCGCGGAGCGAUUCGCGGUUUUGUGCGAGUAUAGUUACACCUGAUUCAUCACAUAAGUGCCUGCUCCUUGUCUUCGAGUUUGUACGAAAAUUGUUCUUAGGUAGUAAGUAGGACGAAGAUCAUUGCAGAAGGCAGUAACUUGCAGCAUUAUGUUGAAUGUUUAUCGAGUGAAAGUGAUGUAAUUGUAUUACACGAUCACGUUCCAGGGGCCUUGGCCAGGACGCGAUGACCCAAUUUUUGCUCGCCCCCUUUUAUCAAAUGUAAAAAUGUCUGGGUCUGGAAAUUUGUGAUGCAUUUCAGUCAACAACAAAUGCACUGUAAUGCGCCGCCACGCAUGAAAAGCUGCAUCGUGCUUCUGUGCUGCGUAUUCCGCAUGAGAAACUGCGUUUUUGCAUGACAGGCGAGAGAGGCUGUUUGUGGCCACGCAAUACAGAUUUAAGGGCCAUGCCAGAUCAGCAUGACAAAUCUCGCAAUCUUCCAGACCCAGACAUUUUUGCAAUCCAUACCUUUUCCAACAUGCUGAAGGACAUCGAGCAGGAGGUGCGAUAUGAAUUGCAAAAGCAUCGCACUAGUAUAUUUGCAUUACAAAUUGGCCCAGCAUUUUUACAAAUUAAGUUUGUAAUGCUGAUUUACCUUGAGAAGGAGAUUUGCAAUGCAUCAAUGCAAUAGUACUACGAGUGCGAUACUUUUGCACAGGAUAUGCGGACCGCGGCCACAAAAGCGAUCGGCGACUUGCUUGAGGCGGACCUGUUGACGCAAGACCAGUAUGAGAUGAAAAUAUGUCCAGGCUAGGAAUAAAAUUGAUGCACACGCUUGCUUUCUUGUCAUGCAGUUUUUUUGCAUCAAGCCGAUGAUCUGAAAUGCACACAGAAGCAUUUUUAAGUACAGGUUUUGGCAGGCUAAGUACUUCUCGAUGCCUAGCUCCUCGCAUAGGAAAUCGAAAUUCACUCUUCUCGUAACAAGAAGCGGACCACUUUCUUUUGCUGGAGCUGAUGCAAUACAAAUUUUUGUGUAGAAGUGGUCCUCGCGAGUUAAAUAGCGUCGUCACAGGUUAUUUGCUAGUAUUUUAUUCCAGGCGCAGACCUAUUUGCAAUGCAUAACCAGAUUCAGAGCUACGUGGUCAACUACUUCCAAAUUCUGGCGCUUGACAACAGUCAGCACGUGCGGUAUGGGAUUGGAAAAUCAACAAGCUUGGGGAAGGUGAAAAGUAGUCGUGCGACGCGGAAGUCUGCUGUGGAUUUAUUUGCAUGCUCCAAUCAUCUAUUGUUGCUUUAAUAUCUCUCGCAGCCUGCUGCGGGAGUGAGUUUCGAAGGGCUUCUUGACAUUGAUACACCGACUGAUUGGCUUUCACUACGACCGAUAGUUACGAUUCCAAAGUGACGUCGUUCUUGUCAUCAGCUGCUGCUGUGGAGCUCUAGUACUUCAGCACCUUCACACUGGGUCAGAGUUGCCUCUUGCAGUGACCAAAUGUAUCCGUUUUUGCAUCACGCACGACUCCGACUCGUUUACCGGGUAGCCCAAGCUUUUGUAGUGUCCAUAGUUGUGCUGCGGUAGCAAAAAUCAUCGGGCCGACCGGGAAGAAGCUCGGCCGAGACAUGACACAGGUAUAAAAAUCGAACAUGUUUGCUUUGUAAAUACCCCAGGAAGGCAGAUGUCUCUUAUGCUGUUUUUGCAUGACUAAGACUAAAAUAAAAAUUCUAGGAUGCAAGCCCUAGCUUAUUUGGAGAACAAAUAGCCACAGAGAUGCAUAGUCCUUUUAACCAGCAUCCCAAAUCCCAACUACAGAAACUGCUCCUGAAUUUCGUCUCGGACCUGAUCAAGGAUGAGUGCCACGACGUGCGGUAUGGAUCGCAAAAGUGUCUGGGUCUGGCAGGUUCUGAGACUUGUCAUGCAUGUUUUGCAUGACCAAGGAUGUCUGUACUGCACGACCUAGCCUCGCAGAUUUUUAGAGGGCUUCCUGAUGCCUACUGCGCAUGAAAAACGCCCUCCCCGCGUAGCACAGACUAGACUUCUCUUGCUGGUCAUGCAAUACAUAUUUUUUUAGAGUCCAAAUUUAGCAUCACAAGUUCCAACCUUCCAGAGCCAGACAUUUUUGCAAUUCACAUGCGGCUGCAUAUGGUGAUUUUCGCGACCGACGUGUGCACGCUGCUUGGGCCCCAGGACGCCGCGGCGCACAGCUUGCUGAAUGGAAUCAACGGGGUAAUUAUGGACAAGCACUGGCGGAUCCGGCGCACAGUGGUCGAGAUGCUGCCCGCGCUGGCGAAGAAUUUCGGGCUGGAAAACUUCCAGCGAAUCGAGUCUAUCUUCAUGAUAUCAACAGCACAUAAUAUGUCUGGUUCUGAAAAGAUGCAGACACAUUGUCAUGGUGAUCUUUGCAGGUUGCCGGAGGCCUGCAUGACCGAGAAGCAUGGGAAGUUCAUCUCCGAUGCUUCAUCGCGCGAGUUUAGUCGUGUUUGGCAUUACAAAAAACCGGCUUUAGACAGCAUUAGAUAGAAGAAGUCCAGAGAUAUUUGCAAAUCAUACACGAAAGCGCUGAAGGAUUCGGUGCACGCCGUCCGCAUGGCCGCCGUGGACCAGUGCGCGCACUUCUGCAAGCACUUUGGCAACGAGUGGGCGACGGGCACCUUCAUACCAACUCUGCUCAACGAGUAUAGUGGACUGUAGUUUUGUUGCUAGUUAUUUUCAUGGUAUAAUGGUCUCGUGACCAAUAGUAGUACCUACAGCAACUUACUUACUACCACUUUGAUGAUAUUAGAUACUAGUCUCACGACGACCCUGGAAGUAGUAGAUCACCGGUAUGAGGCUACAGUCGAAAACCAGUAUGAAGAAUUCAUUCUGUUGUGCGGGAGAAGAAAAAAAGGUCGAGACAAGAACUGUUGGAGAUUUACAUUCCUUCAACAAGCGUGGCCCUUAUCUAUCAGGUUUUCCCAGAAGUCCGGACACUGCAUCCGGCUCACGGUUCUGCAGACCGUGGUACCCCUGGGUGAAGUGCUGUCAGCCGCACAAACGGAAUCGAUGCUGGGACCCCUGCUCAUAAAGGCGCUGAACGACGUCGUGCCCAACGUGAAAUACCGAGCUUGUAUUGAUGUUUGUUAAUAGUUUUUUCACAUUUAGUGCCUUUUCUCUGAAAUUCAUCACCACGAACCGAAUUAAUUCUUAUUCUUAAGGUAGUACUGAAAAGAUACAUCAAUAUCAAAACUUUAAAAACAACAACAGGCAAGCUCGCCCCUUCCUUUUGCAAGGACACGACCGUAACACUGGACUACGUCACCAAGGAAGUCCGGCCGGUCCUGGAGAAACUCACCUCCGUAUCAGGAGGAAAAAUCCCCCUUCCCCACCAUAGUUUGUAAUGCUGAUUUAUUGUGUAGUACACAAAUCAGCCCUGUCUUGCGAGAAAGCAACCCCCCACAUGCAGCUAGUCGGCCGCAUGACGUACAGCUAACCUACAGGGCAGGCGUCUGCGAUGCGCAGCGACUUGACGUAAGCGCCGUAGUUCCCAGACUGAGGAUCCAUCUUGCGGUCUCUCACUGCAAGACUGAUUCCUGUACGCAAGUUCAACAGCAUCAGAAACUGCUCUUUUAAUGUGGGGAAGAAGGGGAUCAUUUUUCUUUCUGAUACCCUGAGGCGCAUCUGGAAGUGCAGCAGGCUGCUUUCCUUGCCAAGGACGCAGUUGACGAGCUGAUCAAAAAUGGGAAACCGAAUAUGGAAGAAAAAAAAGACUCGUGCUAGUGUAGCUUUGUGACGAUGCGCAACACACUAGUAGUACCGGUGCCUGUCAUGCUUGUCAUGCAUUCUUGCAGGGCCCAUUCCUGGACUUAUUUUUCGCGUGCUUACUAUCCGCGCAUGACAGGGCGAGGUUUUUGCGGUCAUUCCAGGCAGAUGUGUCAUGCUGUUCCUUCCAAAAAGUUACACGUACGCAUCUUUUUUUGCUUGGAUAGCGAGCUAACCGAACUCAUGCUGCAGUAGGAAGCGAGUAUAAAAGAGUUUCAACAUGAAGAGACUCUUUUCUCGCGGAUCGAAGGCGAAACAGCGACAACCGCAUCUUCUAGCGAAGAUCGCAAUUUAGCGACAGUACUAGACGAGCAGCCAUGGAUGCGACGCGAAACACCUCUGAAUAGUUUGAAAAUACUAGUCUCUUUCUUUCACAAGUCUUCUUUGGUAUUAUCUCAGUUUUAUAGCAAAUUCAACACAUUCACAGUUUUUAUAGUCUUUGUAAGUCACCAAAAUCUUCGUCCAGAAAAGGACGGAGCGGUACGCAGUAUCGUGAGUUUAUCUAGUCUGACAGCAGGAGAUAAUGUUAAAAAAAUGAAUAGCAUAUAAUUGCGAGCCGUAGUACAAAAAGUCUUAAGCAAACGCAGCUCCUUCUAAAGUCCGCCGUGCGAGGACACGGGCUCUACUCACAAAAAGGGUGCCUUGCUUUGCUGUGCUGACCACCCGUGCCGGCGACGAGUUUCUGUUGCCACUACAGGAGCUACAACAUGUCUAUGCGAAAUAAAGCUGAUUCCGACCCGACUACAGUACCCGAAGUAGAUCCUUGCUUGUUUCCAGCACAGUAAGACGACGUAGCGACAUCGCGGUGAAAGAUUUUAUUUUCCCCUGUUUUUAAGUACCCUCAAAUAGCAGGAAAAGCCCCCCUGAACCCAUAAGCAUAAAAAGGUGGCAUGCGAGAUUCUUGCCAUGGCUCGUCAUAGAAAAGUUCUGACGAAGCCUGCCCCGCAGCGUGAUCACAAACUUGG